AUGUUACGAUCGAAGAGGACGGCCAUUGGAGCAAUUGCGCUGCUGGCUUCAGUGACAUUCGUCAAUUCUUUGCCUUCCUCCCCGAAACCACAACUCGCCCCACGAGCUCCCUGUGCAGAUGUAAAAGGCACAUUUUCGAUCAAUCAAUUGCAAUUGUAUCCAGAGAAUGCGGACUUUGAUUUCCAUUCCUGCCUUUUGUAUAUCGGUUCCCUGUUUAACGCUUCCGUCGCGGUAUACGACCCCUACGCGAAAACUACCUCGAUCAUCGAAGUCCCAGAUGUAACCCACAACCAAGCAUACCAUCUCGGAGGCGUCGCUGCGAAUCCAUACACAAACCUAAUAUCUAUCGUCGUGGACGCCGGCGCCGCUUUCAACACCGGCGGAUCCGACAUCUCGGGCACCAACCUCCUGAUCCUCUGGGACCCAGCCACCAAAACCGAGGUGUACCGACUAAACCUCACCACUACAACACACGGAACCUAUGGCGGCUUCCAAGACGUGGAGUUCGAUUCCCGGGGAAACGUAUACGUCGUCGGGACCUUCCCAUCGUCAAUCCUACGCGUGGAAGGCAAUGGAUCUGUUGUUAAUGAAUGGUACAUAUCCCCACUCAGCCACACGAUAACCGGAUACUCCGGCCUGGCAGCCGUAGGCUCACGAGACGUGCUUAUUGCCAACGACAACGCAAACAAACAGCUCGUCCGCUUCGACAUGAGCCUCCCGAAAGGUAUCCCCAUCCCUAUCCCGGUCUCUCCCCCGAAAAACAUCUCCGGUUCCGACGCCAUCUAUCUCCCCCCAAAAUACGCCGGGACAAUCCUGCUCGCUGCGGUGGAUGCAUCGGGGAUCGAAGUCCUGCGUUCAAAAGACGCUUCCUGGACCACAGCCGAGAGUCUAGGGCAAGUGAGUAACAAAGUUAGCGCCGCGAAUGGCGGGUUCGUGACAGCGCCCGUGCAGAUUGGAAAUAGUAUUUUCAUGGUGGAAGAGUUUUUUGGGGAUGCGCAGCCAGGAACCAGGACACAGUUUCCGUUUGUGGAUAUUACAGAGGAGGUGGAGAAGCUGGUUGGGAAGUAG